AUGACCGUCUCGUACUUUUUCUUCAUCUUCGUCUAUGAUGUCCAAAAGAUCAUCCAAUCCAUAUUCUCAAAAGAAUACAACAGCGGAUCGAACUACAAGCGGCUCGACAGAAGAUCCACAGUCAAAAUAAACAACUCGGUCGGACUUGGUGCAAACGUCACCGAUAGAAAACCAAGAAGAAGAAUUGCAAAAGAAAACACUUCUGGAUUGAAAGCUCAGGACUGGAAAUUGAUUGAUACCGAUGCUUGGGUGAUUCUUCUGACGACAUCUUUUGAAUGCUUUAUUGAAGGAAUGGCCUUUACGCUGACAUUACAGGACGAUAUUGGGGCUGGCUUUUCAGUUUUAUUUGCGAUGCUAUUAAAGAUGAUCCCACAAAAACUCGGCAACGCCGUGAUUUUAAUGCAGUCUGGUCUGUCUCAUUUCUGGGAAAGUGUUCUUGUACUAACUUCAGUAUCGGCGAUAUACCCAGGUGUUUGUAUCGCGAUGCUUCUCAGAAAUAUGCACAUAAAAGCAGCUGUAAAAGCGAAGUUCUUCGCUGCUCUCACUGGGAUGUUUCUGUACAUUUCACUAGCCAGAAUGUUUCCAGCCAUGCAGGAACUCGUGGAUGCACCGCCAAAAGAAAGCCGAGUCUCGGCAAAAGCAUAUCAUCAACUAGCAAAACGCAAAGUAUACUGGCGUCUAUUUAUUGCUAACGUUGGAUUUGUCAGUGCUUUCUGCAUUCUAGCACCUCUUAUUUAUUAUGAAAACAGCAUCCAAGAAAAAAUAGAAGAAAUCAUCUGCGGUGAAAAUUAG